CGGACUGCUCAUCAUCACCUUGGCAGGAAAAAGCGAAAUGGCAUCAGCGUCUUUGCUACUUCCACUCAGUUCUACAUUUGGCAAAAAUAAUUGUGCAAAUCGUCAUAGAGAGUACAAAAUCAAUGUCGGUGUUGGGAUCCAAUCCCUGGCUUCAGAACCUAGAUUACAAUCAAUAAAGACUAUUGAGCAUCAGGAUGAGUGUGCUUUCAUGAAGCGCAGAAAUUUAAUCAACUUGGCAUUUGGACUUCUAGGCCUCCUGAGUGGCUCUACUUUUGCAGAAGCUGCUGGAUUGCCACCAGAGGAGAAACCAAAGCUAUGUGAUGAUGCGUGUGAGAAAGAGCUUGAAAAUGUACCUAUGGUAACCACCGAGUCUGGCUUGCAAUACAAGGAUAUCAAAGUUGGCGGCGGACCUAGUCCUCCUGUUGGAUUUCAGGUAGCUGCAAAUUAUGUUGCAAUGGUUCCUUCAGGCCAAAUAUUUGACAGUUCACUGGAGAAAGGUCAGCCUUAUAUUUUCCGGGUUGGCUCUGGUCAGGUCAUAAAGGGACUGGAUGAAGGGAUCUUGACCAUGAAAGUUGGGGGGAAACGCCGACUCUACAUUCCAGGACCAUUGGCGUUUCCGAAAGGUCUGACAUCAGCUCCAGGAAGGCCACGAGUGGCUGCCAAUAGUCCGGUUGUGUUCGAUGUUAGUUUGGAGUACAUUCCAGGACUGGAGGAUGAGUAGUAACUCAUUUCUCAUCCUCGGCCAUUUGACAUUGUCUACCCCCAUUGGUUCAUUCUUUUGAAAUCACAUUAUGUUGCAUGUUAAACUGGCAAAUAUUGGAGCCUCCCUGUUGAGUUGCUGUAAAAUUUUGAAAGCAAAAAGGAGCAACUUUGCUCAACUUACUGAACUAA